UCUUGUCAUCUUGCCUAUCGCUAGCUCCAACUUGAGGCGUGUGUUUGUUUUGCAGCCUGUCUGUGAAGUAGAUGCUGGAGAGGACGGGGUCACAAACUGCAUAAGAGGAGCUGUCCGCGAAACAAGUGGAGUUUCUCCGUCUACGUCUCCCGGAGGGACAACGUUAACGGGGUUGUUCAGCUCCUUCGUAUUAAUGUCGGUUUAUCGUGCCUUAGAGAGAAUUAUUUGACAAGCCCGACCAUGACUUCGGUAUGGAAGCGGCUUCAGCGAGUCGGAAAGAAAGCGUCCAAGUUCCAGUUUUCUGCUUCCUUUCAAGAACUGAUGAUAGAAUGCACCAAAAAGUGGCAACCAGACAAACUGAGAGUCGUGUGGAUCAGGAGAAACAGACGUCACAGCACAAAGCUCCACAGCUGGCACCCAGGGAUUAAAAACCCCUACAGAGGCAUGGUUGUUUGGCAGGUUCCAGAGAGUUUAGACAUCACUGUCACUCUCUUCAAGGAACCUACUGCAGAAGAGUUUGAAGACAAGGACUGGACUUUUGUCAUUGAAAAUGAGACAAAAGGCCGUAGGAAGGUGCUGGCAUCAGCUGAUGUCAAUAUGAAGAAGUUUGCCAGUGCCACGCCGGCCCAGUAUGAUGUCACACUUCAGCUCAAACCGCUGUCUGUCAAAGUGGUGGAAGCCACGCUGAAAGUGAACUUGUCUUGUAUCUUUCUUAAAGAGGGCAAGGCUACAGAUGAAGACAUGCAGAGUUUGGCCAGUCUAAUGAGCAUGAAGCCGAGCGACAUUGGAAAUCUGGAUGACUUUAAUGACAGUGAUGAAGAGGCUGGUGAGGACAGGAAGGUCAGCUACUUUGGGCAAGCUGCUCACGUUACUGCUUCUGAAACAAGAGUACAUGAUCUGGCUUGGAGGCCUGCAAUUGAAUCAGGCACCACAGUAACCUCAGAGAUGGAUUGGAAAACGUCCUCUGGCAUUUCUUCCACCAUCUCGGUCCCAUUCUGUGUUCCUCUGCCUGAACGCCCAGACCCCUCUGUUUCAUUCCUUUUACGUCCACAACCAGCAAGUGCUACCAAGCAGGCUCGGCCCUCCCCUUAUGCCUAUUCAUUGCCAGCCUUUGCACGUGCUCACCCUCCUGCACUUCCCAAAAUCUUCCAGCCCAGUGCCGGAUCAGUGCCCAUUACAGCUCCUCGAAGGCCCCAUAGCUUCCACAGUGGCUUCUCUCCUGCUGAGGGCUUGGAAGCCCAGACUUUCUCUAUCUUCACCCCUUCUAAAGCCCUUUCCACCUCUUCUCUCUCCUCCUCACCCUCUGAUCCAUCUCUCCCUCCUCCCACUUCAGUCUGUUCCAGUGCCGGGAAAGCACAAAGUGUUCCAUCCUCUUCUUCUACCCCCUCCUCCUCCUCAUCUUCAGCUCCUCUCAGCUUCUUCCCUCCUCCACUGCCUUCUGCUUCCAUACAGCCCAUAUCUCACCUCACUUCUGUGAGGGAGCCGGGCUCUGCCCUGAUCAGACCCACCAGUCUGCCAUCUGCUCCUGAGACAGCUUCCUGGCAGAGUGAAUGGAGGCCUCCCAAAUUUCAGGCCCCUCUUGCACAGCCUGUCCUCUCUCCUAAGUUUCUGCAUCUCUCUACCAGUGAUCCUGGACAACCUGAAGUGCUGCAGAAAAAGCAGAGACUAGAGAUGCCAUGUAAUGCUUGUAAACCCAUGCCUGCAUCUUUCUCACUGUCCACUGGUCAUUCUGUGGAGCAGAAUCCCCUCGGAGGGCCUGGAUUAGUUUCUUCCUGGAGACCCCAGGUCUCCCCUACAGUAAAGACCCCUUCACCUUCUUCUUUCCCUGCCUCUACUCUUGUACUCUGUGGACCUCCUCCUCCUCCUCAGCCUCAUAUAUCCCAAACUGCACUAGUGUCCCCCAGUGAACAAGAUACAGAAUUCAAAAGACAGUUGAGCACAUUGAGUGAAGAGGAUAACCAGUGCACAACAUCUGCAACCCCAGAUCCCAGAGGCCCAGUCAGCCGGAGACCAGAGCCAUCCAGGGCUACAGAACAGAAGAGAGAUGCACAUUUUAGAAUCGAGGUUGUCAAGGCAUCGACAGGACCUGAGAGUAUGACCUCACUUCUGCCCCUUAGUGCCAGAAUGCCUGUAGCCCCACGACAAAAAUAUUUUGAGACGCCAAAAACACAAAUGGAUCAAACAGAAUCAAAGCCGGCAAGGACAUUGCCCCACGUCCAGCCAACAUUUCCUCCCUUCACGUCUUCAAAUAAGCAAAGCCUUGAUUUUCAGGAUCAAACAUCUGCUUCAGUCAAGGAAGAUUUGCUUAAACCAAGAAGUCACUUUUCCAAGAUGUCCAUUCAGUUAGGGAAUCCAGUAGCUCAGCCAGAGCCUGUUCAACAUAACCCCCUUCCUCCUAUCAAACCACAACCUACUUCCAACUGGCCCAUUGCAAAAAACUCACAGAGGGAGAAGCCACAAAGAGAAGCUCAAAAAAUCAGUCCUGCUGUUACAUUACCUAUCAUGGAUGAGAAAAUCAUAUGCAGCCCCACUGCCUCAGACCGGGUCACUUCAAGAUUGGAUUCUCAUUAUGGGUUUGUCACAGCACAGCAAGCCACACUCGACAAUUUAUCAAAACAAAUAGAAGAAUCUGAAAUGAAUUUUGCAUCGUCUUCCACAAAAAGCUUUGUUGUACAUGGUUUGGAUGCAGAACAGUGUACGCAGAAAGAGAGAUCUGGAAAUUUGGCUUGGUCUGUGGAUAAAAGACUGUUGUGUGAAAGAGAUAAGAGAGUUAGACAGGAACUUGUUCUAUCAAGCUCUGCAGCCGGUAUAGAGGAAAACCAGGUAUAUAUAUCUAAAGUGGAACUUGGUCCAUUGUGUCCAAGAGGGAGUUCUGUUUCUCAUUUAAAAUCCACCUUACAGCCUGAAGCUCAGACUGAAGUAACACAAAGUGAGCCACAUAUGAUUAGGUUACUAUCAAGUUUUCCACAACAUUCCAAGACUCCUGGAAUACCAUGUUUACAUCAGUCGCAAGUUAUAGCUUGGCCUGAUGAUACGAUGUUACUGUUUCAGAAGUUACCCAGCACCAGCUUUCCAUUGCUCUUGUAUUCAGAUUAUGUUACUUCCUUUGAUGAAGGUGGCACAGGAAUUGCAAAAAUGGUGCACUUAACACCGUCCUGCUCCAGGUCUGCCAGCAUUCCUGGGUUCCCAUCUGCUUUGAAAAGUGAACCAAAUAUGGCUCAACUUUUACCAACAUAUCCCAAAACUUGUAGGAUUCAAGGGUUAGCAUCUGCUGGUUCAGUGACUGGAUAUGUAAAGAGUUUUUGGGACAGACGUUCUCUGUGGAAGAAACAGUUGCCGAAAAAAGAAGUGUUUGUUUCUCAUAUGUCUUGUGUUCAGGAACAAGCGGUCAGUGAUUCUAAUAUGAUUAAAAUCAUGAUGGCCAUGUUGCCAACAUGUCCUAGAAAGGCUAGUAUUCCAGGAUUUCCUUCAGCAUCAUUACAGUCUCCUAAUACACCAAGUAUGGCCCGUUUUCUCCCUACAUGCCCUAAGCAGACAAUGAUUGCAGGCAUGCCAUUUAGACAAAGUGCUAUGGCAUGUAAUGAUAGCUGGCAUAUUUUGAGGGAAUUAACCGCCGUUAGACCAUUGAAUAGCAAUCUUGUUUUGAUUCAGGAAAUGUCACAUGAAGAUGAAGAACAUAUAAAACAUAUCAGUGAUAUGUCACCAUUUAAUCCCUGGAAGGCAACAAUACCUUUUCUCUCUGUGUCACGAAAAGAACUCCCUAGUGCCCCUGAUGUUCCAUCUGAAUCAAGCCAAGAUCCUAGGAUGAUAGAUUUCCUGCCUACCUGCCCAAGAAAAACCCAAGUCAUUGGUUUGCCUUCUAAGGAGCUCAUUAGUUGUCAAAGCGAGAAUUUGUAUAUAACGCAUCUGAUGGAGAAGCCUCUGAGUAUAGAUAAAGUGUUGACUAAAGAUACUUUCCCAAUUGUUGCCCAGGAUCUUGACAAAAGAGAAAUGUUCAGUACGGCGACAACGUUGUCUCCAUAUCCUAUGAGAACAUGCCUUGUGGAUAUGCCCACAGGACUUCAGAAGCUAUUACCGAGUAUUGUCAGUCUUGUACCUACGUGCCCUAAACAGACCCAAAUUCCUGGUAUGCCAUCUCAAGAUCAAAAGAAUUCAGACAACAGAGAUUGGCAUGCCUUGACACGAUUAAUCAAAAAGAGACCAGAGAAGACAAAACAAACUUGCAUUGCUCAUUGGAUAUCAAAAGACUUAGAAAUCCUUGAAGAUAUGGUAAAUAAGUUGAUAAGUUGCCCACAAAAAGCCAAAGUUUUUGGCUUACCUUGUGCUCCACAGCAAGAACCUAGUACGGUUAAUCUAAUGCCCUCAUGCCCCAAACUAAGUAGAGUCUCUGGUUUGCCUUCAAAGACUGUACAAAAGCUGUGUUCGUCCAGUGGCAAUGAAUGGUUUCCUUAUCAAACUUUACAGUGGGAGAGUCGAUUUAUCAAAAGGGAAGCAAAAAUUCUAAAUCCAGUUUUAUUCUUUGAUAAGAACAUGGUUGAAAUUAUGAGAUCAAUAUUACCCUCUUGUCCUGAGAAUGCUAGCAUACCUGGAUUUCCCUCUGUUCUGACACCAACAUUAGCUGAUGGUCCAACUAUGGUGAAUUUAUUGCCUAGUUGUACAAAGGAAUCAAGAGUUCCUGGAAUGGCACUUAGAGACACCAUCAAACCAUUAGAGUGGUUAAUAGAAAGAAAGUCACUGCAACUCCCCAGGCAGAAGCCUGGAGUUACAUUACGUUUACAGGAUAUUAACAUAUUUUAUCUUGAUUGUGAUACGGUAGUAAAUAUGGUAUCCAUAUUGCCCACAUGCUCACAGACAGUCUAUUUGCCAGGCUUUCCAUCAGUACUAUGUCAGAAGUUGGCAGAUGAACCAAGUAUGGUCAGUCUAGUACCUACUUGUCCAGGUUAUUCCAGACUUUGUGGAAUACCUUCUAGAUUCCACAGUGAGUUUGAUGAAGCAGAGUGGACUGUAGAUAAAAGGCCAGAAUGGGAAAGACCAUUAAUAAACACAGGAAGACUGUCAGUAAUACAUGACCAUAAAAUGUAUUUUAGAGAAAAGGCAGUGGUUAGAAUAAUGGUAUCAGUGUUACCACCAUGUCCGAAACACUCAUAUAUUCCUGGAAUUCCGUCUAAGGUAGGAGAGACACCAGUGGAACCAUUGUUGAAAGAGGCCCCCAGUAUGAUAAAAUAUUUUGGAACUUUUCCAAAACACAGUAAAAUUCCAGGUCUACCUGCAAAGAAAAAUGUAAAAGAAUAUGAUGACUGGUAUUUGUAUAGGGAUGCAGUUUGGGAAAACCCAUUUAAUAGAAGGCAAGGAGUUGUUCACCAAGAUUUAAAAAGUGUGGAAAUGUCAUAUAGGGACAAAGAAAUAAUGCUGAGUAUGCUUUCAUCAUGUCCACGACAAGCUCUGAACCCUGGAUUUCCAUCUGCUCCACUACCCCAAGCUGAUGAUGCCAUUAAAGAAGAAAAUGUAGGCAUGGUACAGUCGCUGACUUCUUGUCCCAGACAGUCAAAUAUAAUUGGUUUCCCUUCUAGAGUCUCAGUUAUUUCGGAUUCUAAAGUGGAGGGCUGGCCAGUGGUGACAAUAAAAGCACAAGGCUUUUGUCCAUUUUACGAAAAGUAUGGUUCUUCUCACACAGCUAUAAUGAAGACAGUUCUUCAUCUUGAAUCUUAUUGUCUAAACAUUGCUCCCAGCUCUAGCUUCAUAGCAGUUACUCUACCUGACCAGUUUCCAAAUAUGGUAAAUAUUUUGUCAUCCUGCCCAAAGAAAGGUUCUGUUCCUGGGGUAGCAUCUACACAUGUACACCAUUCAGUACAGGGGUGGCCACUGCUGGUAAAGUCAGGAACAGAAACAACUAGGAAGAAAAAAGAAAACCUGAGGAGUCAACAGCUGUCACUGGAAGAACAUUCAUUUUGUAAGGUGUCUGUCGACAAGAGAUCCAUGCAGUUUACAUUCCCUAGCCAAGACAUACCAGUGGACGUACAACAAAGAAAGAUAACUGAGUCAUCAACUUGUCCUCUCAAGCCUAUUAUCCAAGACUUGCUAGGAUCAAAUUCUGAAAUCCAAGUGGACCAGCCAUCUUGUAGAGUUUAUGGGACAACGAUAUCAUGGGAUGGGGCCAGUUCAGCCAUAUUAGAUCUUGACACAAAUAAAACCAAAUCUGAUACAUGUUCACCUUUGGAGAUGCACAAAAGUGAGCAUGGCUUUUGGAUACCAAUCGAGGCUGAAGAAAUAGCUGUUCUAGAACAAGGAAAGUUGCAUUGCAGAAUGUGGCACUCCAUUCCUGACAUGCCACUAUUCUUGAGUGUUAGGAAGAGCCCCUUGGGUCAUAGGUAUACUCAAGAAACACAGAUAUCAAUGUAUGAGAAGGGAGAGAAGAGAAAUACUUUUGACAAAAAAGCAAAUACUGCUGUGGAUGAUCAUGGUUUCAUGCCCUCAGAAGAGUCAAAUGAAACUUUGUCAGUUCAAUGUGACAAUGUGGAUCAUGGGUGUGUUAGAUGCUUUGAGAAUGGACAUGAAAACAUGGCUCCACUACAGCCAUCAUGUCCAAUCAUUGCUGGUGCAGCAGAACCCCCAUCCCAUACCCAAAUAAAUAAGGCUGAACAGCAGUUAAAAAAACAUCCUACAAACAGAUCCAUAUUAUGGGAAGAGCUACCAAAGUCGACUCCAGUAAAAUGUCCCACAGACAAGACCAUUCUGUGGGUGGAGCUACCAAAGGUGGCUCCAGAGACAACGAGAAACACAGCGGAGGAAGAAAUGAAAAUGAUAAAAGAAACAGUCACUGUGGUCCCAUUAUCUGGUUCUGCGAUGAUCUCAAGUCUCUCUUCCACGGUGUUAGACAUGGAUGAUGAAACAAAGACAACGACAAAAGCUGGAAUGGCAGAUCUGCUGCCAAUAUGCCCUACAGUUAGCAGCAUAUUUGAACUUACUGCUCCUGCUAAACAAACAGAUGAAUGCCUACCACUGGACAUUGACUCUACGUUGGAUAAGCCAUCAGAUAAUAAUGAAGUUAUAACCAGUGCUCUGCAUUUAGAAGUACAGGCAGAUAGAGUAGAAACUGAGUACAAACAGUCCACUUUCUUGGAAGCCUGUCCCAAAGAGACAAGCAUUGCAGGUAUGCCGUCUAAAGUGAGUGAAAGAGAAGCACAUUGGCUAAUAGAUCAAAUGCCAAUCUGGGAGAAACAAUCAAAGUUGAAGAGAAUAUUACAGUCAUAUGAACCAAAGGAUGGUGAUAAGAACAAGAUGGAAAUGCUUUUACUGGUACCAUCUUGCCCCAGAGGACCCAGAAAUCCAUGGUUCCCAUCUGUACCACAUUAUAGUUUAAUUUUUUAUGAACCAAAUAUGGUGAAUAUUUAUCCCAGAUGUCCAAGUGUAUCCAAUUUUCCUGGUUCUCAAUCUGCCAGUGAAGCUAAUAACAGAUUGUGGCUAUUACAGGAACAACCACUUUUAGACGAGCCAAUGAAAACUGAACUUGACAUGACUGUGUCACCAAAAGAUGAUGAAAUGAAAUUAAUGGGAGCUUUGUUACCAACUUGCCCGGAACAUUCUACAGUACCACAUUAUGAAUCAGAUAUAAUGGGCCUUUCAAGCUCUUAUUCCAAUACCUCUUAUUUUGAAAGUAUGGGAUUCUCAUCUGCUUUGGAACCUACAGUAAACUACAGUGGGUUUAGUGGAGUCAGUCUCCUUCCAACUUGCCCAGUCACCUUUAGUAUGGCUGGUUUUCCUUCAGUACAGGAAGCUGACAAUAAAGACUGGAACACUGAUCAUAAGCCGUUAUGGGAGAAGCAAAUUAAGAAAGAAUCUGUCUUACUACUUGAGAAUAAUAAGAUGUAUAAAGACAUGAAAGGAAUCGUUUCUCUUGCAGCAAGCUGCCCACAAGAAUCAAUCAUCUCUGGGUUUCCCUCUGUUCCAAAAUCCAGAAUGGUAAAUGUUGCUGACAUGACAAACAUGGUCAGUCUUUCAAGCUUGUGCUCAAAAGUAUCAUGCAUACCAGGAUUUCAAUCAUCUUAUAAUUCAGAAGAGUGGACAAUGAGCAAAGAGCCAUUAUUUGAACCAAGAAUGAAAGAAAAGCAAGUGCCAUUGAUUGACAGAUGUGAAAGAGAUAAAAGACCAAUGAAAGCAAUGGUCUCUCUUGUAUCUUCCUGCCCAAAAGAGGCACGGACAUCAGGAUUUCCUUCUCAUCCAAAUCCCCCUACUUUGUGCUGUGCACCAGAUAUUACCAGCCUUCUUACAUUGUGCUCUCAAGUUUCUAAAAUACCUGGUUUCGCAUCAGUUAAUGGGGAUAUGAGUAUAAGAUGGGUAACAGAAAAGAGGUUAUUGUUGAAUAGACCACCAAAGAAAGGAGUAGUUUUUGACACAUCACAUGGCAACAAAGAGGUAAUGAAGAAUAUGGUUUCUUGUGUACCAUCCUGUCCUAAAAAGUCAAGUAUUCCUGGUUUCCCAUCUAUUCCAAACCCCAAAAUAGCGUGUUAUGGCCUAAAUAUAGUUAACCUCCUUCCUUUGUGUCCCCUAAUUUCUGUCAUACCUGGGUUUUCAUCAGUUGAAGAGCACAAUGAAGAAGGAUGGGUUGCUGAAAUAGGUUCCUUGAUAUACAAACCCCAAAAGAACAUUCAGUUUAGGAUUAACAGCACACCAAUUAACGUAGGCAAACCAAACAACACGCAUUCUUUGGUUCCUUCUUGUCCACAAGCAUCAAAGAUUCCAGGCUUCCCAUCUGUUCCCCGAUACAAAAUGAUAAGUCUUGUACCUGUUUGCUCCAGCAUUUCCACUUUACCUGGAUUUGCAUCCUUUAAAGAGGCCUCGAAAUUCCAGUGGCUUUUUGAUCCAAACACUUUUUAUGAUAAGCCAUCAAAGGAAACAGCUUUUGUAAUCGACAGUCCCAAUCAUGACAGAGGAACUGUGAAGACAAUGCUGGCCUUAGCACCAGCAUGCCCAGAAGCAUCCAGGAUCCCUGGGUUCCCCUCUGCACCUCAAAACAAAUCCAGGAGUGAACCCAGUAUAAUACAUUUUGUACAUUGCUGCUCUAGUGCUUCAAGUGUCAAAGGAUUUGCAUCCAUGAGUACAACCUCAAGCACAGGGUGGCAAAUUAAUACAAAAUCAAUCAUGAUAAAGACCCAGGAGAAGAGGGCAGAAAUAAUAAUGCCACUUGCUGGACAGGACCAGCUAUAUUGCUACGGCAUGAAAAGCAUGGUGACGUUAGUGACAUCCUGCCCAAAAGAGGCCAGAGUAUGUGGUUUUCCCUCCGCUCAAGUUGUAAACAGACCACCAAACAUGGCCAGUUUAUAUACAUCUGCUCCAUGUGUUUCAUGUGUCCCAGGUUUUCCAUCUGCCAGGAUGCUUAGUGCUGAAUGUCAAAAUAUUCCUACCAAGACAACACACAGCAAAUCCCUUUUCGAGAAGCUGCAGAAUAACAAGCUUUUUCUUAUUUCAAAACUUCAAGCAAAACAUAAACAUACACGGGAAGAAAUAAAAUGCAUGGUAGCAAUGGCUCCAUUAUGUCCACAUUUGACUUGGACACCUGGAUUUCCCAGCAUUUCACGGUUGAAUCCAAGAGAGACUGAAACAAUGGCUAUUCCAUUCCUUUGUUCUACUGGGAAGCCUACAUCACAAGAGUUAUCUCACACACUGUCAAUUCAGUCAUGUCCCAAAGAUGAAAGAAUUCCUGGGGUUCCCCCCACUUCUGUUGAGAGGCUCAGCAAAGAAUUUGUACAUGCAGGCAAAUUCAAAGGUGACGCAGAGCAACACAUAGACGUUUGUGUAGAUAGAGGCAAAUCACAAAUAACAAGGAUGCCAGCGGAGGAAACCCAAACAAUGAAGAAUCAGCAGGAAAUAUCAGAGCCAGUGGGAGUCUUGGGUUGGGAAGUAUUGGAGGCAGAGGGGACAAUAACAGAAAAGCAGACAGAAUCCUCUUUAUCAUCAAAAGAGGAAGACACCUCAGGAUUAGUAAAGGCUAUUGUGGGUGUUUUCCACAAAGGUUAUGAAACAGUAGCAUCCAUUUUGGGGCCCUCUAGCUCUGCUUUAACUGAAGUGGAUCGUCAACCAGUCGCUCUCUCUUCCAUGGAUCUGAAAAUCAAGAGUCUGGCCCCUUCACAUGAGCUUUUUCCAUAUGUUGUGGACAACAUUUCUCCUAUACAGAAGAUAGAGGGCCAGUCUGAAGACAUUUCCACUAAACAUAACACUGAAUAUCCAACAAGUGCUGAACCUUACAUGUGGGACUUGGUAGGUGGUCCAUCAGUGUCUAUAUUACCAGCUGCCGACAGUGAUGUUAGGAUUUUGGCUUGUGCAAGCAUGAAGAAAUGGCCACCACUGACAGAGGCAGAUAUCACUGAAAUAUCAAAGGACAGUACUGAACAAGUGGAGGAACAGGCCACCCUUGAUGAAUGGCAUACUAAGGAAAGAUCAUUGACAGGGCAGGACUCUGAUCAACCAUCAGUGUACACUGAAUGUUUGUCAGCAAGACACCAGACUGAAACAGAACAGGAUGAGGUUAGAACACUGUCAACUUCUUCGCAGUCGGAAAAGGGUCUCCAACAAACAAGCAUGGAGGGAAUUUCUACCACUUCGCCGCAGUCUGUAUCAAAUGAGCCCCUGAUGGAUGUCAGUGCAAAUAGAGAGAUACUCGUGGAUAAGCCCUCAGAUUUUCAGCACAUCAGUCCAGUUGGGUCACAAGCUGACAUUUCUGCCCCUCAACGAGGCAGAAAGCCCAAGAAAAAAGUGCCAGAACCUCAAAAACAAGGGUGUGAUCAAGCAAAAGACACUGUUCCAUUACGGCCACUCAGAAAGAAGGAUAGUUUAACACCAGACCUUAAACAAGAAGAUGAAUGUUUGCCAGUAAAACCUGAAUUUGUUUCAGUUCAUUCUGAACGGAAAGGUGGACCUGAGAAUCAACAUGGCCAAGAAAGUGUUGGUUUUCAAGUUACACCAUCCACUGGUGAGCAAGGACAAAAAGGGGAUCCCGAAUCUGUGCCUGUAUCUAUAGAUGUUGUCUCUCUGCUUCGUAUGAAAAGAAUUGAUGGUAUUUUGCCACCUGAAGCGCCACAGAGGACUGGCCCUUGCAAGCCUCUGAGGAGAAAAGACAGCCUCAAUAGAGACACAUCUGUUUCAAAAACUAAUGACCAACAGAAUUUAAAAGCUCAAGUAGGUUCUUCUGUGAAAGCUUCUGGUAAUAUUCCUCCUCAGUCUCGUCAGAAAAGCUGUUAUAGCUCACAUUCUCUUGAACUUUUACAGAGCAUUGAUAAAAGCCAUCAAACAGCCACUGAAAUGAUCCCAUCACAAUCUGUACAAAGAAAAGGCCAAACAACCAUCCAUUUUGUUGGUAAUGCACAGGCAGACACAGAAUUGGUUAGCUCAAAGGAGACAGAACAAACAUCUUGUUCUUUAGAGUGGCCCAAGAAAGGCAUAAAUAUGUCUGUCCAGUCCUCCUCUCAUGUAAUUCCUUCUUCAGAAACAAAAGAAAAUGAAAGCGUCACCCCAAAUACAGAGCUAUUUCGUGCUGAUCAAACUUCUCCUCUCUCAAUCAUCAAGAAGAUACGUCUUCCACAACGUGGCAAGAGAUUGCCUUCAAGUAAAUCAGCCAAAAUUGGCAGUGACGAGAGAAUUGCAACACAAAAUUUAAAUGUCACAAACAAGGAGUCAAAUCUACCUGCUGACACAACUGUUGAUAAAACCAGUGCUACAUCUUUUCCAUCAAAGGAUGCAUCAGAGAUGCCAGACGCAGAGAAAAUGCCUCCUGUGAAGCUGAGGAGAAGCAGAUUGAUUGUUGAGAGCAGUGUUCAAGCAGAAUAUGGUGAUACUUCAGAGCAGACACUAAGACCUUCAAGUUUGCCUGUACCAAAACCAAGAGUAAAGAAACGUCUCAGUGGUUUGUUCCCAGAUGAAAUUACAAUUUCCAGCUCACCACCCCCUCACCUACCAGGCACAGUAGCUGACACAAUUGCUCUGGAACCCGUCCAACAGAAUGAACAGUCAAACUUGCCCGUUCCAUUACCUCGGGUCAAGAAACGUCUCAGUGCAACUUUUUCAGAUAGUACACCACCUGUAGACAACUUAUUCCAGCUAGAAAUUAAAUCCUCUCCGAGGAGCCCAAAUGAGAGCCCAAAGGAAGGCACAGCAUCACUGGAUUCAAGUGUGAUCUCUGACGGAGGUUUUGUCACAAUCCAACGAGAAGAUGAUUUUUCGUCAGAACUGGAACGCGAAGUUUUAGCAGCGAUGGCAGAAGAAUUUCCACAGGCAGAUACUGAGAAAGGACUAGAUGAAAUCAUUGAGGGCUGGACCUUUACAGAUAAACUUGGUGUUACUGAUGACUUAAAGAAGGCCGCGGAGCCAUUGUCUGAGCAGGCUGACUUUGAAAAAGUCCUGGAAGCAGAGGUCCAUAGAUCUCUUGGUCCCAUUGCGUUUUCUCAGGAUGACUGGCUGCAUGUAGAGAAUGAUAAACACAGUGAACCAUUGGAAACAAAGUCAAGAAAGGAAGUGGGGGAUGAAGAAUUGGAUUUUGGCUUUGUGUCUGUAGAUGUAGCUGGUGAUUCUUUAAAGGAAGAAAGGCAAAGGAAGAGAGGAGAAGAAUUUUCAGAUCAGCCUGUAUCUGUGCCUUGUGGCAAGAACCGUUUGAGUGGUUCUUACAAAGAUGUCAAAUCACAAGCUGAUCAGUCAAUAACAAGUCACCAAGUCAAGGACCCACCAACACCUCAGAAAAGACCUAUAGAUGGGGCUGUCUCUCCAGAAACUCUUUUGGCUGGUCCCAGUUUAGUGAGAUCCAGUCAGUCUCUCCUGGAAUGGUGUCAGGAAAUCACACAGGGUCACAAAGGAGUAAAGAUUACCAACUUCAGUACCUCCUGGAGGAAUGGUCUCGCCUUUUGUGCCAUUUUACAUCACUUUCACCCAGAAAAGAUUAACUAUGAAAUGCUUGACCCGUAUGACAUCAAGCUCAACAACAAAAGGGCCUUUGAUGGCUUUGCAGAACUUGGAAUUUCCAGGCUAAUGGAGCCUUCGGACAUGGUCAUGCUAGCAGUGCCUGACCGCCUCAUUGUCAUGACUUACCUCAGCCAAAUCCGCACCCAUUUCACAGGCCAGGAGCUCAGUGUGCUUCAUAUAGAGAAGAAUAGCAGUGAGUCCAGCUAUGCAGUAGCAGGGGACCGGGAGAGCCAAGAGGACCCAGAGGCAACUGUUCGCUACUGUGCUCAGAGGCUCCAGGAGGAGGGUAUAAGUCUUGAGACAAAUGGGGGUUCUGGCACAGCAGAGAUUGACAGUAAAUCCAAUAGGGAUGUUGUUCCACCUCCCAGAAACAAACGGUUGCAGGUUUCUGGGGCAGGGGGCGCUCAAUUACCAGUGGCACCACCAAGGACUCAUUUCAUGUCCAAGUCAGGUUUCUCCCAUGUCAAAGAUGCCGAUCUGGUCAAGAAGCGUAGGUCACAGCGGAGAAGUGGGUCGGUAGAUGAAGGAGACAUAUCAGUGGUUGCUGCAGGGCAAGAAGAAGGUGCAGUAAACCGGAGGAAGUCAGAAACUGAGAGGACAGAGGGGGAAGAAGGAAGACAAGAAGGCCAGGACCCCAGUCAGUAUGUGCUGAAUCAGAUGGAAGCCCUGGAGGCAGAACAAAACCAUGUUGAUAACAGAGCAGGUGUGGUGGAGAGGAAGCUCAGACAACUAAUGGAAACAGGCAAUGACAAGGUGGAGGAGGAGAGGUUAAUUCAGGAAUGGUUUACACUGGUCAACAAGAAGAAUGCUUUAAUCAGGAGGCAGGAUCAUCUGCAGCUGCUGCUGGAGGAACAAGACUUGGAAAGAAGAUUUGAGCUGUUAAACAAAGAGUUAAGGGACAUGAUGGCAUUUGAAGAUUGGCAGAAGACUCCAGUCCAUAAACACAGAGAGCAGCUGCUGCUUCAGGAGCUUGUUUCACUGGUCAACCAGAGGGAUGAACUAGUCCACAAUAUGGAUGCCAAGGAGAGAGGAGCUCUGGAGGAAGAUGAGCGUCUGGAACGAGGCCUGGAGCAGCGGAGGAGAAAGUAUGCAAGACAGCAGAAAGAGAAGUGUCUGAUGCAGUGAUUCUUUCGGCCUUCACGAAACCAAGAAUGGGACAGUGGGUCCUCUUUCAUCUGCUGUCAGAUUGAUGGGUGUGGUUUUAAGUCAGCAGUAAGAGGACAUUUAAGCCAUCAACACAGCUGAUCCAAGGAGGGUACAGCAAGAGGACACACUGAUCCAGUAUGACAUGGCAGUGUAUGUCCAUUAGGGACUGAGAUGUUUUCUGCUUUCAUGCAUGUCUUUAAUGUGGCACUAGGCUUCAUUUUAUGAACAGUGAUCAAGGAAAUUGAAGUGCAUUUUUUUUUUUUUUAAACAAAUUCAAAUCAUUGUUCAUUUACCAAACAUUACCGCAUGCUCAGCACCAAGGAAUUUUGACUUAGCAAGAAGAAUCAGUGCCUCAGAGCUGCUUGGAAUGUUAUUACUCAUUGUGUAUGGAAAGCGUGUGAGACUGGAAAUGUUGGGUCAGAUAUGGGCUGCCAAAAAUAGAACAUGAAAGGUUUGACCAGUGUUGGUUCUUCAGGGGCGACAGCAGUACUGACAUGCUUGGAUUGGUCCUGCUGAUAACCAAUAUCUAGUGCACUACAUUAUGAAUUACAGUGAUUCAGAAUCUUGUGAUGAGCAUCACACAUUUCAGGGUAAGAAAACCAUCCCAACAUGUCCUCCAAAGUGAACAAUAAAAUACAUUUACCCAGAUUAAACAUACACCCAGAUGAAUGUUUUUGGAUCUAUAGCCAUAUGAGCAGGAAUGCAUCAUUUGUCAGUGCUUUCCAUAAAUGUUACAUGACCAGAUUAUGUAUUUGGAUAUUUUCCAGUUUGAGCAAGUUUUGUUAAGUCUAGGCUUAAAGAAUUACUUGAACAGGGUUAAAAAAAACCCACUAUAUGGUAGGUUAUGAAUUGUUUGUGGUCACGUCUAAAGCCAAUGAUGACGACAAACACAAACACUGCAUGUUCUAACCCUUGAGGAAACUACUCUUUCUGAACAUGCAAAGUGUCACCACAGUUGCCUUACUGUUUACUUAUUAAGUUUUGGGCAGAUUCAUUCAACCCUGUUAGUGGAUUUACAGAUCGUUGUGAGUGCAUUGGAACUGAAUUUAAUCAUCAAGCCCUGUUUGUUGUUUGACUUUUUUUUUUUUUAAUAUAUAGGUCCAUUUGAAAAUAUAAAUCUGUUGUAGUCUCAGAAAAGCAGCCGUCGUCGUGGAACAGAUCAGUCUUCUAAAUUUAUUCUAUUCAUCUAAAGUGACUAUUUAUUCAUUUGACAUUCAGUAUCAGCCGGAGAAACAGUUACAAAGAUCUGUUUACUUUACUGAUAUGUGUUUUAACCAAAGUUUAUGAAACACAGUCAGUUAUUCUUGUCACUUAUUUAAGUAUUCAAGUAACCCUGCCCUUGGGCCAUAAUAUUUCAAUAUUGUGGAAAAUAACUUUUAGAAUAUACAAAUGUAUUUUUUUCUGAAAUGAAAGGUGAUAUGAUAAAAGCAUGAAAAAAUCCAAAUCUUUGUUACAAUCAAUGUUAACAUUUGAUAAAAGUGAAUUGCACUUCCAUCUAAAGGAUGUUCCCUCCAUGUUUUUGCACUGCAAUGUUUUGCAUUUUCAGUGCAAGGAUGAUCUGUGACAGUGACAUUUCUCUGCCUGAGAGGUUUUAUUUUUUUCUUUGUGUGUAAACGUUUGUAGUUCUCAUGUUGCCAUCACAGCUUGUUGUAGCAGUUCUGACCACCAUUUGCGUGAAGAAGUUGCAGCAUGUCAAAGCAAUUGCAGUUGGAAAGCUUUUAUUUGUGGGUUUUAUGUUACAUUUGCACUAUUUGAUGGAAAAUACAAAACAUUUGAAUGCCUUUA